AUGACCCCAGCCUACAACGCCAUCCCCAAGUUCCUCAAGGAGCAAGCCUACAAGAACCCCACCAAGCUGGCCCCAUUCAACCUGGCGUAUCAGACCGACCUUCCCGUCUUCAAGUGGCGCGAAUCGAACCCAGAAAAUGCCAAAGCCGGACAGGCAUUCAUGGCCGCCCAGCGGAUCGGUCAGCGCAGCGUCUGGGACAACCAAGUCCCGAUGCAGGACUUCCAGCUCUCGCGGGAAGAUAUUGUCAACGACAGGGUGCUUGUUUGCGACGUCGGCGGUGGCUCUGGGCAUCAGUGUCUUGAGUUCAGGAAGCACCAUCCGCAACUGACUGGUCGUAUCGUGACCGAAGACCUGGGUACGAUGCAGGAGCUUUCGACCAUUUGCGAGGACCUUGCGAAGGAGAAUAUCUCCAUGCAGCCGCAUGAUUUCUUCGAAGAGCAGCCGGUCAAGGGUGCGAAGGUGUACUAUCUUCGCAACGUCAUCCACAACUGGAACGACGAACCAAGCAAGAUCAUUCUCUCGCAGAUCGCCAAAGCAAUGGCCUCGGAUUCAGUCGUCAUCGUCGACGAUGUCAUCAUGCCACAAGUCGGCGCUGGAUGGAAGCAAUCAAGCAUGGAUCUUGCUAUGAUGACCAUGCUCGCCGCAAUGGAACGGACGAAAGACCACUUCUCCCAGCUCCUCAACGAGUCUGGGCUGCAGUUGAGAGAUGUUUGGACCUACGAUUCGGACUAUGGUGACAGCUUCAUCGUCGCCGUACCGAAAGUUGACUCGAAGACGGCGAACGGGACGAGUUCAAUCAACGGGCAUGCUGCGAGCAAUGGGGCUUCGUUGUAG